AGUACUAUACUUAGCUAUUAUUAAUGCACACAUUGCUUUUAACUGAGAGCAUUCGGUUUUAUUUCAAUAAUUCUAAGGAAGAUACUUUUGAAAACUUCUGCAAGUCCACGAGUUCUCAUUAUCGAUUUCCAUUGAACAAAUUAUAGACAACAGCACAUUACUGGUGUCCUGAAUAUGUCAUUACUUAAUUUGAGGAUUCUACAUUUUCGAAAAAGGUUUAUUUUGGAGAUAUUACGGAACGAAAAUGUUAUGAAAACAUCCUGAAAUCAUACUAAUGUUUCAGAAGCACGAAGUCUGUAGGAAUCUUACAGACAUCUUUCUCAAUUCUGUACACGAAGUCUGUCUGCACGAGCCUUCUUUAGUCUUCACGCAAAACCCGGCAAAACCUCCGAACUCUGGUGCAGAGAAGAAAUUGGAAUGAGCUGGGCUGACUGGGCUGCCAACAUACGACCCAGUAUGCCAACAUAAUGACAAUUGUUGCGAAAUAUUCUGUGUUAAAGGACUGUCAAAAAAUUUCGCGUGAUUAGAUUAAAGGGAUUAAUAUUUGGUUUUCUUGAUAUUUUCUUUCUCUUUGUUGCGUCUGACAACGUAUAUAGUUAGUGGAUCCUUUGGUAUUAAUUACUGAAAGCGUUCUGGUUUUAAUGUAGUUAAGUUGAAUGGAAACAUUUCCUUAGUGAUUUGCUCUGUAAUGACAGCCUACAUUUACUAAAGUUUUCGGGUAUUGUUAAAUUGUGUUGUUGUCUGAAUGGGAUUGACAAAAAAGAAUCAAAGAAGGGGUUCAAAGAAAAGAGAACCUCAUGUCUCCAAACUCUACAUUGACAUCAGUCCUCAGCAGCUUCCAAUUAUAUACAGGAAAGAGUAUAAUGUUCAUUUUGUUGGAUUGGAGAAACUUCACCCUUUUGAUGCACGGAAAUGGGGACACAUAUUCAAGUGGAGUUGGAGAGUAGCAAUGAUUGCAGAGAUUCCUCCACUUGCUCUGGUACCUAAUUGUAUGGUUCAGUCAAGUUAUCUGCGUCCAAUGAGAUUUCAGACUGGAGGAAGUAUUCUUGCUGGAAAAUUGGCUAUUGAAAGAGGUUGGGCUAUUAAUAUUGGUGGAGGCUUUCAUCAUUGCAGUAGGGACAGAGGAGGUGGCUUCUGUCCUUAUGCAGAUAUUACUUUACUAAUUCAUUUCCUUUUUCAUCAUGAAAAGUCACGUGUCAAAUUAGCUAUGAUAGUGGAUUUGGAUGCUCACCAAGGAAAUGGUCAUGAGCGUGAUUUUUUCAAUCAUAAAAAUGUUUAUAUUAUGGAUAUUUAUAAUUCAGGUAUUUAUCCACGAGACAAACGAGCCAAGCAAGGUAUACGUCGUAGCAUACCACUUGCUCAUUUGACUGAAGAUGCAGAGUAUUUACAUCUUGUUGAAUCGAAUUUGGAGGAAGCUUUAAGUGAAUUUCAUCCUGAUAUUCUUGUGUAUAAUGCUGGAACAGAUAUCCUUCGCGGUGAUCGUUUGGGAUUGCUCUCAAUUUCUCCUCAGGGCAUUAUACGCCGAGAUGAGUUGGUGUUCAUGAAGGCUCGUGAACGACGUAUUCCAAUUGCUAUGGUGACUAGUGGUGGUUACUUGAAGCAAACUGCCAGGAUUAUUGCUGAUUCAAUUUUAAAUUUAUAUGACAAGGGUUUGAUCUCUGGCCUAAAAUAAUAUUUUACUUGUAUAUAUUAUAUUUAUUAUUAGUUUUGUUUUCCACCCUCAUAGAGGAUAAAAGUACAGUAUAUGAUAAAAGCUUACAUUUUGGAUCAGUAAAUGAUCUUAUGCCUUUCCCUACAACACACUUUACUUUAUGACUUUGAAAAGUAGGUAUGUUAAUGACACUUGAAUCACUCACCAGGUACUUAAUUUUUAAAUAUUAAGACCAAAGAUGAGCAGGGAGAUAGAAAUGUGAUCCGCUGUUUUUUUAUGAGAAUCACAUUACAAAACUGAUAGAUAUAGCUUUGUGUAUAUAUUUAUAAAUAUUUUAUAUUUACAUUUUUUGAGAUGUUUACCUUGUAAUAGUUUUGUACCUGUUGUUAAUUGAACAAAGACAUUUUUACCUACAGUGUUAAUACUCAAUUGUUAAGUAUUCUCAAAUUAGUCAAUGUUGGUAGGUAUUAAAAUAUAAUCUCAGUUACAGUAUUUCUAAGAGUACUUUCAAAACUAUGUGUUGAAUAGAUAUCAGGAAAAAUAUUUAUAUUUUUAUGUUAUGUAGAAUGCUGAAUAUUGUAGCUCCUUGUGCUCAUCUUUGCUACUGCAGAACUGCAAGUGGUAGAAUUUGGUAUCCUUUAUAAGGAAUUCCUUGUUAAAUGUCUCUUUAAGAGCUUAUCAGGUUACUUGUGUCUCGUGUUAGUUCAUCUAAGAGGUGUUCACACUUGUUUCUGUACUCAAAUGAACCGACUAAACUUUGCUCAAUCUUCAAACAUUUUUUUCCACAAAGACUGAGUUGGUGAACAGUGACUAUGCCCUUUCUUGGAAUUAUAUAUUGUGCCAAUGUAGUUGUUAAUCAUGUAAUAAGUGGUCUCUUAAAUAAAAUAAUAGCAAUAAAAUGUUAUGUUAAUUAUUUAUUGUUUUAUCGAUUUUAGCAUUCUCAAAAUUGACAUUAGUUGAUUUGUAAGAAAAAACGUAUUAUUACAUUCAAUCUUGAAAGUAUGUGAUUUUAUGAGGUAUGGCGUGAAGAAAAAUGUCCUGGUUAGGGAAAAGUCAUGUAAACAAUUUUAAACAUAUGUAGAAAAUAUAAAUUUAUUAUCUACGGGUAAAGCCUGAAAUUUCUCAGGCAGAGAAAUAAUUAAUAUUUAUUAGAAGUGACAUAAAGUAACAACAUAUGUCUGCCAUGAUUGUGUGGUACAAAAUAUUUUGUUAUUUACAUGAUAUUGAAUGCUCUAAUGUAGAAAAUAACAGUUGUUCUGCUGUAUCACAUACAUAUUUUGAAAAAUAUGUAUUGACAAUGAUUUUGUGACCUUGCAUAGCUAUUGAAUGGAUGCAUAAGAUUUUGUCCUCUUUUUCAUGCUUUCUUAAAACCACACAAUGUUGUAUGGUAGUAAUAAGGAGAGUGAGCUCCAACAAAAUUGGAUUCUAUUUCUUUCCCUCUGUUGUUUAUAAAUGAUUCUAUGCUGCAGCUCUGCACUGGCCAUCCUGUUGACUCAAUAAUACUGCAGGGUUUGUAUGGACCUGGAAAUGUCAGGAAAAAAUUAAAAACUGGAAAAGUGAGAGAAUAUUUUGUAAAUACCUGGAAUUUUGUUUUGUCCAAGUUUGUUUUUGAUGAAAAAUUAAUAGUUAUUAAAGUUUUUAUAUUUUA